AUGGAUCGAACAAAAUUUAGAGAGCAAUUUGUAAAAUCUCAGCUGGAAGCAGUUCAAAAAGCAAUAACAAAGCAUGAAGUGCCGCUGAAACCAAAACAUGCACGAACUUUAAUUGUUGGAACACAUAAAGACAAGUCUUCUGGAAUAUUCUGGCAUACUGUCGGCGGAAUUCAAUUAGAGAAGCAUCCAGUGCUUACUUGGAAGUUCUGUCAUGUAGUUCACAAAUUAUUGAGGGAUGGCUAUCGAAAGGUUCCUGAAGAUGCCUAUAGAUUUGUUGGCCGAUUUCAACAACUUUCACAAUUCUGGAAGCAUCUAAACACAAGCGGCUAUGGUCCCUGUAUCGAAAGUUAUUGCAAAUUACUGCAAGAUAGAAUCAAUUUUCAUCACAAGUAUCCAGUGGUCCCUGGAAAGUUGGAACUAAACGAUUCUCAACUGAGGACUCUUGAAUCAGAUUUGGACAAUCUUUUCGAAAUGACCAUUGAUAUGCUUGAUCAAAUGGAAAAUCUAUUAACAUUACAAGAUCGAGUGUACGAAAUGUUAAAUUCGUUACGUUGGAAUUCGCUUAUCCCUCAAGGACAAUGCAUGCUGGCUCCUCUCAUUAUUGCUAUACUUGAUACUAGCAAGUUCUACGACUAUCUGGUCAAAAUGAUAUUCAAACUUCAUUCGCAAUUGCCCGGCGAUGCAUUAGAAGGCCAUCGAGCUAGAUUUUUGCAAAUAUUUCGACGAACCAAGAAGUUUUACGAAGAAUCAAGCAAUUUACAAUACUUCAAAUUCCUUGUUUCGAUUCCAACUCUUCCUUCAAAUGCUCCUAACUUCUUGAUGCAGUCAGAUUUGGCUUCUUAUCGCACACCACAUGCUUAUGUGUGA